AUGUCUCCAGUUGCCUAUCCCAGCAGCUCCGAAAUUGAAGCCAGCAAGUCACCAGUCUCAACUAUGGAGCAACCAGAAUACCGAGUGCACAAACACCAUCGUCGGGUGUCCUCGACGGGUGGAGGCAGAGCCUGGACUGAAGAAGAGGAAGCUUAUCUAGUCCGAACUCGAAUGCACAAAAUGCCGUACAAACAUAUUGCCGCGCACUUGAAGAAAACAGAACUGGCAUGUCGUUUACACUACCAUCAAAUGUCAUAUGGAAACAACAACCGCCGACGCAGCGAUUCUGUGUCGUCGAUCGGAUCAUUCAACUCAAUUUCUGCUGGCGGAGAGCUAGCUGAUAAUACACACAUAACUCGGUUGUCUCCAGUCCUGUCUCCUCGUUCCAGCCCAGAGCCCUCACAAAGAGCGCCUUCUGACGAUGCUUCACAACAAUCACAUCGCGCACCGGUUCCCAUUCUCCCCAAGCCCGAUAGACACAAUACGCCAACCACACUAGAGCCAUCGGUGACCCGCAACUACGAAGCGAAUGUGGCUGGCUACCGCAAGGAGGACCACCAGAGCUAUAUUGACAUGUCUCGUCUGCAUGCUAUUUACGAAGCAUACUCGGCCUCUUUUUGGUCGAAGAUUUCUACCGAGUAUUCUCGCGAUAGCCGCGAAAUCAAUCCAAAGUGGGCGGAGAAAGCAAUCAUGAGCAGCUUCUCUCACAGCCCACUUCGUGGACAUCUUCCCCCCACGCCCCACGGCAGUCCCGCAGCAUCACCAGAGCCACAGCAGGAUUUCACGUCGAAUACUUUGCCAGCAAUGAAUCGAGGUUUCCGAGCUGUCAACCAACCCAAACCUGCUGAACCCAUCCGCCGAAGCUCAGCAGACCGGUGCUCCGUUUCUGCCCUGCUGACUGUGGAAAGAGAAGUGAGGCCGUCACAUCAAUAA